GACGCAGAGCUCUGAAGCUGCCAUGUGUGGCAUCUUCUUCUCGCUGAGCACAGCAAGGUCGGUGCUUCCCACAGAUGAGACAUGUGCUCUGCUCCGGAAACGGGGCCCGGAUAGCUACCGAGCUCAUGAGGUCCAGCUAGACGUCACUGCCCAGUCAGGGCAGACGGCGUGCUACCAUCUCGUGUUUAUCUCAACCGUGCUCUCCCUGAGAGGCGAUCAUGUAUAUUCACAGCCGCUUGUUGAUUCUGCCAACGGGUCUGUUUUGUGCUGGAACGGAGAGGCGUGGAAGGUAGCAGGGGAACCCGUUCGUGGCAAUGAUACCGAACUCAUUUUCCAGUUGCUUCUGGAGGCAGCGAAGCCUCUUACUACUGACUCUAGGACUACGAGACAGCGAAUAGCAGCUGUUGUCGGCAGCAUAUCAGGGCCAUUCUCUUUUGUAUUCUAUGAUGCACUCAGUUCAAGUGUAUUCUUCAGCCGGGACAGCUUAGGGCGAAGGUCCCUGCUUUGUGGCUCAGAUGGCGCGCAGAAUAUGAGGAUUUGCAGUAUUUGCGAUGGUACUGCUUCAAUGAACUUCGAGGAGGUGGAUACGGAUGGUGUGCAUAUCCUCGAUCUUGCGGUCCAGCAACACAGUUCUGGUUCUAGUCAAACACCUUGGCACACCACCACCAUCAAGUGGAGUAACGAGAUACCUACAGGCCCAGAGUUUAUUAGAAAUCCCAUUCCUAGAAUGAACAAGACUAUUCCGCAAGGUGACCCGCUCCCACUUAGCAUCGAGUCUCCGUGUGUUAGAGACCUCGAAGAAAACCUCCGCCAGUCGCUCGCUAUUAGGAUUCACGAUAUUCCGGAGCCGCCAAGACCAAUUGAGCACGGUAGCGACGUGAAAGUCGCAGUCUUGUUUUCUGGAGGCCUUGACUGCACUGUUCUUGCCCGAUUGUGUCACGACAUGCUUCCCAGCAAUGAAACUAUUGAUUUACUCAACGUUGCCUUUGAGAACCCGCGGGUUGCAGCAGGAGCAGCAGUAGCAGCGGCCGGUAAGAAAACCAGCAGCGACUCUCUGACAUCGGUGUACGAAAGUUGCCCCGACCGGAUCACGGGACGCGCAGCGUUUUCCGAACUCCAACAUGUCUGCCCUGACCGGAACUGGCGGUUUGUGGCCAUCGACGUUCCAUACAGCGAGACCAUCGCGCACCGUGAGACGGUGAAGCGGCUCAUGCGGCCACACAACACAGAGAUGGACCUAUCGAUUGCAUGUGCCCUGUACUUUGCCUCACGGGGCGAAGGAUUCUCCACAGAUCACAUCAACAGCGACAACAACAACAAACAGCCAGCCCAUUCCACGAAGCCGUACACUACUCCCGUACGGGUGCUCCUCUCUGGCCUGGGCGCCGACGAGUUGUUUGCCGGGUACGCCCGCCACGGGAUGGCGUUCACACGGAGCGGGUUCGCCGGUCUGAUCGAGGAGAUCGACCUAGACGUCGGGCGACUGGGGAAACGCAAUCUCGGGCGCGACGACCGCGUCAUCUCGCACUGGGGGCGAGAAGUGCGGUUCCCGUAUCUGGACGAGGAAUUUGUCGCGUGGGUGGUGCGCGCUCCUGUCUGGGAGAAGUGCGGGUUCGGCAUGCAGCCAGCGAUUGAGGCAGAUGCAGCCGGCCCGCCGAUCGACCCGGAAAAGAAAGCAUUGCGGCUUGUUGCGCUCCGGCUGGGCCUCAACAAGGUCGCUAGAGAGAAAAAACGGGCGAUCCAGUUCGGGGCCCGAACGGCCAAGAUGGAGCGUGGGCGGACAAAAGGGACAGACUCGUUGAGUUAAGAAAAAAAAAAAAAAAAGGAAUAUCAGCAGUGAUGACAAUCGAAUCAGAUACUUCUGAGCCAGUCCAUCUAUCUAUCUACCUGAUCUUUCCAUGACAGACAGA